AUGUUGUAUCUUAUAGGUCUAGGACUCUCGCACGAGUCGGAUAUUACCGUUCGCGGUCUUGAAACCAUCAAGAAAUGUUCACGUGUGUACUUGGAAGCCUACACAUCAAUUCUCAUGGCAGCUAAUCAAGAAUCACUUGAAUCUUAUUAUGGACGAGAAAUCAUUCUUGCCGAUCGUGAGUUAGUUGAAAGUGGCAGUGAUGAAAUCUUGAAAGAUGCCGAUACUCAAGACGUUGCAUUUUUAGUUGUUGGUGAUCCAUUUGGAGCUACAACUCACACUGAUUUAGUAUUACGAGCACGAGAAUUGGGAAUUAGAGUUGAAACGAUCCAUAAUGCCUCAAUCAUGAAUGCUGUUGGUGCCUGUGGAUUACAAUUGUAUCAAUUUGGCCAAACUAUUUCCCUUGUGUUUUUCACUGAUUCUUGGAAACCUGAUUCGUUUUACAACAAAAUUAUGGAAAAUCGUAAAAUUGGGUUACAUACAUUGAUUUUAUUGGACAUCAAAGUUAAGGAACAAAGUAUUGAAAAUAUGGCCAGGGGAAGAUUGAUUUAUGAACCACCAAGAUAUAUGGAUAUUGCUACCGCUGCAAGUCAAUUGAUUGAAAUUGAAGAGUCGAGACAAGAGCAAGCAUAUACGGAAAACACUCCAUGCGUCGCCAUACUGAGAUUAGGAGCUCCAACUCAAAACUUUAAAGCCGGUACAUUAAAGGAAUUGAGUGAGUAUGAUUCAGGAGAGCCAUUGCAUACCAUGGUUAUGUUGGGUAGACAAGUACAUGAUUUGGAGUUAGAAUAUUUGUAUCAAUUUGUUGAUGAUAAAGCAAAAUUUAAAGCUGCUGUGGAAAAGGAUCAGGAGUUUUUCAAACCACCGCCAUACGUUCCCCCAGAAGAGGAUCUAAAUGAUUGA